CGGCCUAGACGCCGUCUAUACACGUAGUAGGAGCUGACACGUCGACUCAAAGCUUGGCGUCUCUUAGCUGCUCUCGUCCAUCUCGUAUCUUGUUUGUGCAUCUCAAUUGCUAUCACCUUCUGGUAGUCACCAGUACUAUCAGUUUCGGUCGUUAUGGCCGUCUCAGACUAUCUCGUCACAGACGACCUUACCGUUCUUCUCGGCUUCAUUGGGGUGACUGUAUUUGUCCUCCAGAACCUCUACAAACCACAGCCGCUCGUCCACCCAAUUCUCCUAGGCAGGCAGAGUGAUGCUGGUCGUGUGAGGCACCCAGGCGAGAGCGCAGUCUACCGCAACUAUGGGACAGGGCUCAUGGGCAGGUUCCCUAUGCGACCUGACAAAGACGUCAAUGUCGUGACUGACCUCGUGAAACCCGAAUUUGAUGCACCUCGUACACUCUGGUCUACCAAGAUCACGAACGCUCAGCUUAAAGCCCGUGUUUCGGCAUUUGGGUCGGGGAUCGCUAAGCUUGUCCCAGAGGAGUCAACUGUCUUGCUUUUGCUGAAUGAUUCCAUUGAGUUUCUUAUCAGUGACCUCGCACUCUCGGAGCAGUCCAUCGCCUCCAUUACCCUGAGCUCCCCCGAGUUGCUCACGCAAGUUCUUGAGAAGCACCCGCCUAACGCCAUCAUCACAGACGCGACUUUUCUGCCGCAUGUUCUCGAGAUAAUUUACGAUGCACACGAGCAUCAUCACAAGGUUAUUGUGGUCGGCAAGUCGGACAGCAAUAUCAAACCCAAGGCUAUGAAAGAGGUCGAAAUACAUUCCUGGAAUGAGGUUGAAUCUAAUGGCAAGGUACCUCAAGCUCCAAAAAAUAAUCCUCAGUCCGGUAGCGCACACACCGUCUCAUUCUUCGAGACUCCAUCGGGUGAAAUGCGGUGUGUACAGCUAACGCACGAGAACUUUACUUCCGGUGUGACGGCAAUCAAGGCGCUCUUCCCCGCGGCCAUUAACCUCUCUACCCUCGAUACCAUCGUCUCUGGUCAUUCCCUGAGUACUCCAUACGGACGUGCCAUUGCCUACACUGCUCUUUUUGAGGGCGCUAGUUUUGCGACUCUGCCUUCGACAGCAGUCUUCCAUGUUGGCGGUGCACCGACUCUGGAUGUAACUGAUGUCAUCUCUGCAACCAAGUUCCCCAUACCAUCUCCUACAGUCCUUUUCCUCAAGCCUGGACACGUCCAAUCACUUGCAUCCGCAGUGAUGGAGCGUGCGAAGAAGUCUUUCUUCAUCUACCCCUUGGCAUGGCGGCACAAAUUUACUAGCCUCACAGAAGGAUUCAUUACCAAGGACAGUUUAUGGGACCGUACUGUCUUCGGUGGCGCACGGGAAGCUGUCCUUGGUAAGAUGGCUGACACAGUGAAGGCGGUUGUGAUAAGUGGUGGACCUCUACCAUUUGACGCACUUGCGCCUGCUCGCGUGGCGCUCUCUGUUCCGUUGAUCAACACAUUUACGCAUGGUUCUGCCACCGGUCCUCUCUUUGCCACGCAUGCAUUUGAUCUUCAGAUGCUUCCCUCCUCUUCUCCAGCCGCCGAACCUGCACAUGUUGGCGCUCCGAGUGUCAAUGUUGAGGCUAAACUCAUCGCUGUCGAUGACGACAUGGUCGAAAAAGGUGCAGAUCCCAUUGGUGAAAUUUUGGUUCGUGGACCGCCAGUUGGGAACAUGCUGUCGGCUGAGGGUGAGGCUGGCGAGAAAAAUGCGUGGGUACGCAUGGGAGAGAAGGGACGCGUGAUGACGAAUGGUGCGUUCAAAGUACUUGGCUUUAUGUGAAAAUCUUGUUGUAGUAUUAGC